AAAAGUAUCCUCGGUUUGAUUCUGAGUUUUCAUUUUUGUGAUUAUUCAAUAACAAUUCACAAAAAUUGGACAAAAAAUUAGGUUGUAUAGAAAUCUCAUGUUGUUUUGUUGGUGAUUAAAUCGCACUAAUCAUAAUUAUAUUUUUCAAUUGUAAGUUUUUCAUUACGGCCAACCCAAUUGUCGAAUCCGAUGCCUCUACGGCUAUGCCUUCUAUAGUUGUAGAUGAUGCUAAAACCUCCACUCCACUCACUGAAUCAUCAACAUCAGUUGCACUAGUUGAUGAUCCUAAAAUGGCUGAGGACCACGGAAGUUGUACAAUAAUAACAAAUAAGAGCCAUUGGCAAGCAAAACUUGAUGAUGCACAAAGUCGUCAAAAAAUUGUAGUUGUUGAUUUCAACGCAAGUUGGUGUGGACCAUGCCGUCUCAUGGGUCCAAUUUUUGUAGAGCUCAGCAAAAAGUAUGAAAACAAUUUCAUCUUUCUCAAAGUUGACGUUGAUGAAGUAUUGGAAGUAACAAAUGAUUGGGAGAUUCGUGCAAUGCCAACAUUUUUAUUUAUCAAAGACGGUAAAGAAAUAGACAAAAUUGUUGGAGCAAAUAAAGAUGAAUUGCAGAAAAAAGCUCAAUUCUAUGCCAGUAAUCAAUCUGGGUUACCUCAAUCCUAAGGCUUCAAUCAAUAAAUUGUCUUGGAGUUGUAUUUCAAGCAUAAUAUUUGAGAAUACAAAUAUAUUAAAUGGUAUUGAAGUGAAAAAAAUCAAGAUUUCAUAAAAAGAAAAAAUAACAAACAAACAAACAAACAAACAAAUAAAUAAACAAACAGAGAAAAUACGAAUUUUUUUUCUUAUUAUUUUAAUUCUCAAAUUUUCAAAUUUUCUUUGUAAAAUCAUACUUAAAAUGUGAAAUUUCCUUGAUUGUAAAUAUUUUAUUUAUUUCAUUACAUAAUUCAUUUUGAAAUCAAAUUGUCAGAAACAGAAACAUUUAGCAAAAAAUACUUGAAUAUUAUAUUUUAAGUGUUUUAAAUUUACAAAAAAAAAAAAAAAAAAAAAAAAAAACUGUUAAAGAUCAUCAGAUGGCAGUAGGAUUUUUAAAAUUUAAAAAGACUUUCAUAUUAUUUAUCUAGAAAAUUUUAAUAUUCACAUGAAAAAA